AUGGCAUCUUCAGCAGCCCCGGCCCCAUCCACUCGCAUCCUCACCAACCUUGCCGCCCGUCCACCGACUCCUCCGCGAGAAGCCAACCACGACGCCGACGUCUCCCUCAGAUCCGUCGUCCUGGGGAUAUCGCAGUCCUUCGAUCCCUGCCGCAGCCUGCAAACGCCCCCGGGCGCUCACUCGCCCUCGUCCUUGGUCGCGACCGGCUCCGACUCGAGCUCCGACCGCGUGCGCAAGAAGGUCGAGUGGUCGAGCCACACCGACUACAAAGACCCUCCCGACUAUCGUGACGGGGCCCGACUCGACAAGUCCCACCUGCUAUCCACCCCCUCUUCCGCCUCGUCCAAGCCCAUCAAGGGCAUCCUCAAACCAUCGCCCGCGCCGAACUUGCUUGCCUCCUCUCUGGCCACGCAACUCGAUGGCACUGUCACCCAGCUCAAUCUCAUAGAAAUGCUCGACUCGUCCAUCAAGCAGCUCGCCGGUCCCGACCGGGACUCGAAGCUCGAUGCCUAUAUGAUGCUCGCCCGGGCUCUCAAGACGUCCAACAACCUGCCGGAUCGCGUGGCGCUGCAGAACAAAAUGAGCCUCUUCAUGCAGUUCAUUCAGCGUGACAUUACGUCCAAGAACGAUAACGGCUCCCUCGACAACUCUCUUGUCAACCACGCCCUUACUCUGCUCGCCACCUUUCUUCACUUCCAAGCCAUCGCCUCGACCAUUACCUCCGACUUCGGCGUCUUCAUCAUCGACCAUGCCAUCCGCUCCUUCGAGGAUCCCGCUAUCCCCAAAGACAUAGUCCGUCACUUGAUGCAGGUUGUCGCCUUUCAAAACUUCUCGCCAAAGGUCAUGGCGCCUGACCGCGUUGGCCGACUGGUUGCCGCCCUUCAUAAAAUCGAAGACCAUGUGCAGGGCAAGAGCAUCGUCAUGAGUCGCCUGCACAUUUACAAGCGGCUGGUGAAGCAGGCUCGCAACUCCAUGCUCGCUCACGCCGACUGGCUCAAGGACAUGUUCACCGACAUGCUUAGCACGGUCAAGGACAUUCGAGCUCAAGCCAUCAGUCUGGGCAGCGAGGCGGGCUUCGGCCUUCGACCUGACAAGCUGCUGUUCCGCAAAGUCGCCGACAUUUUCACCGCCACGGAUGACGACGAGUCGUACAUUGAAUUUUACAUCAGACGACUGCAGCGCAUGGUCAAGGACAAGCAGACCUCCUUCGCCGUGCCGCAGAUCUGGAGUGUUGUGAUCCUCUUCUUGCGAUGCCCCUUCGACCGCUGGGAAUACUAUGCCCCGUGGCUGAGGCUCGUCCAAGAUGCCUUCAACAUGACGGAUGGCCCGACCAAGCAGGAGGCCAACUACGCCUGGAACCGCUAUGUUUGCCUGUCCAUCCUCGAUAGCAAGAUGGGCCCCAAGGCCGUCAACACAUUAUGCAAGCCUCUCCUCAGCCAGCUGCGGAGAAAGGCCAGCCCGAAGCAGCAAGAUGAGGCCAUAAAGCUACGGCGAAUUGUCCUUGGAGGCGUGUGCAGCCUGUACUACUAUGCUUUUGCUCAGGGCGAUGAGAAGUGCCCUACCGAGGUGACUUGGGAUGUGGCCGUUCAGCCUGUCAUGACGCAACUCAUCGAUCUCGACGGCAAACCAGAUGUACCCGGAGAUUGCAUGAUGCAAGCGGCUCGCAUGUUGGCCGGCCUCUUGGAUGUCUCGACACCUCGUCCGCCUCGAAACCCCGACCGCAUCAUGGAUACGACGCCACUCAAGCCCGAGGAACUCUUGCCGAUAGAUUCCAAAUGGGUCCGCCGGAACUGCGAGAAGGUCUUCGAAGCCAUCGAGCCCAUUUUGGAGAAGAAGCUCGUGGAUUUGGCCAACAAGGACAGCCUGGUCUACAGACUAUGGCAGGCCCUCGUCGGGUCCGUUGCUGCAGCGUCGGCCAAGGACAUCAAAGUCUCCGAGGACACCGUCAAGUUCCUGGCCUGUAGCCUGAGUCUGCUAGCCAGGGCUUGGUCCAAAGGAUCCAACGAGGACGACGACUCGGCCAACGCCAAGUUCUUACCAAGUGUCCAUCACUUUGUCCAAGUGCUAGUCGAUGGACUGGGUGUUCUCCCAUUCAUGGAGAAGAAGCUAUCCCAGAGCACGCCCAACACGUUUGAGGCGGUUGCCGCGCCCUUGCAACGUUCGGAGAAGAGUGAAAGGCCUUGGGGAGGUCAUCGAACACCAUUGCAACACCUCGUCUCGAUGCUCUCUUCAAUCCCUCCCAGCUUCGCCGAUGACGAGGAACUCGCCGACUUUUUUCAGUCCGUCUUCGGGCCGUUCUUCAAGGGACGAAACACCAAGGCUCGCUCCGAACUCGCUCGAGAGCUGAUUCAGUUGCUUCCUCGAAACACCUUCUCACCCUACGGUCCGUGGCUCUUGGCCGCAGAGCACAUGAAGUCUUGCCUCGAGAAAAGCCCGGCCGGAUCUGGAGCCGGUACAUCUGGCAGUGAGAAGCUUCUGGGGCCUCAGUAUCGAGAAUUGGUUUCGCUUCUCGAGCGUGGCCUUGCGAGCCACCCCAAACUGCCUGCUGAUAAGUGGAAGUGUCUGUUUGAUCUUGUUUCUUCGGGCGUGUUUGAGGAAUUCGGCGACGCUGGCCGUGCUCUUGUCGUCAUCGAGCCCCUCGCCAAGGCGAUGCUCGACAACCGGCUCAGCAACGCUGCUCUACCCUCGGCCACAUCCGUUCAAGCAAUGACGAUGCUCUUCGACGCCGCCAACUUGCCCCGUGACCGAAAGGCCCUCGAUGCCGCCCGCCUGCGCCUGUGGGGGGCGCCGCCUGCGACGACCAAAGCCGGGCCAUCUGACCCGUUCGACAAUCUGUACAAGCUUGCCAACCACCAGAUGGAAGCGCUCUACAAUACCUACCCUGCUGUCCACUGCCUAUCAGAGUGGAACGCAUUCGCUGAAUCUGUUUGCAUGUUUUUUGAGAAAUGCUCGGCCGUGGCUGUGGUCAAGACCAUGUGGAAAAUGCAGCAUGGCCUGUCUCCGUGGAUUGAGGAUGAGAAAAACCAGCUUCAACUGCCUGAUCUGGCCCCCGUUUCCCGCACCUUACAACAACUUUGGGACCAUGUCUGCAUCAAACUUGCUGCACACGAGCGAUUUGAAAAGAAAGAUUUCGACCAAGUUGAGCCACUUCUAAUCGCCGCGCUCAGGAGCAGACAGGCCUUCGUCGUCAACAAGGCCGCAGGAGCCUGGAACACGCUUGUCAAAGAUGUGGAGAAGGUUGAGUGCUCAGACAACUUCAGUAUCUGCCAUUGGUCAUCAGGACAUGGAGAGCCUCGUCCUGUCGUCCGCAACGUCGCACCAGGACUCCAAGCAAGUUACUGCCUCUGCUUCGUCAGCGCCUAG